UUUCAUCCACUUCUUUUAAGUUUGCGAUCGAAUGUUUUUAAUUUCUUUGCGGACCAUGUACAUGUUUUGCUUGCGGCUUCGACUGAGAUUAGGUUUUGCUAUUCGUUUGUGUUUUGAGUAAAUGCUGGACUAUGUACCCUGCUCGAAGGGGUUAGGGAUUUGUUCUAUCGUAUUGAAUCGUUUGUCCCUUUAGUAACAGGACUGAUACCUGUGGUUCGUCUUUAAGUUGUUUGCUGAGCAUUCCGUAGCAGAAAUUUGGAGUUAGUUGUUUUCAAUUUGAAAUUUGGCCUUCGUUAUAUUGUGUUUUUGCAAGUAGGCACCAGUACCUCUUGGCUCAGUUCACGAUUGUUUAAGUAUUUGUAGUUUUUGGUAUGGUCUUCCUCUGAAAUUGGGAUCUCAGGUGUUUGUUUGUUGUAUUGUGAACUAUAAAGGACGAUCUUGUAAGACUUUACCCCAACUUAUUGAGCUAGAACUCAAUUCCUUAAUCGACGGUUCUUAGCUUGAAACUUCGUUGUUUUUCUCAACUGCUUCACUUACCUUUCCGUGCUUAAUGUUAAUUUUGAUCUCAUUCAAUGAAGUAACAUUAUUGUUACGGGAAUUUGUUGGUAAGCUUCUAGUAGUUGGAGGAUGGGGUAGUGGUGAUUUCAGACUAUGGUUUAGCUGCUUGGUGCUGCCUUUCUUGAAAUUAAACUCUGAAAGGCAUCCUAUAUGUCCAGUUUAUCAAGGAAGUUGUCUUACUCAGAACUAAACUUCAUGAUUUUCAUCCCAUCUAUGCUCAAAGUGGACUUCCAGCUUUCCUACAUUGUGAGCAGGGAGAAAGGAGGUCUGUGCGGACUGCAAUGUUUGUUUCUUUGUUUGAUUUGAGGGAUAUCUGCACUGGGGGGCACUAGAUGUUGGCUAUUUCUUAUGUUUGGCUGACUUUCGCUGCUGGUUUUGUUCUGAGUCUUUGACCACCAUCGACAAAAUGGGAGGAGAAAGUUGAAGACGAACUUUGAUCAACCCAUUGAAUCGAAGUAUCGAACAGAUGGCUGAAUUUGACAUAGCGGAUGAAGAUCAUGAGGUUGCUCUUUUGAUAUCAAAAUGGCAAGCUCAAGUGAGAGUGAACGCAAGGAACCAGUGAACGAGCAAAUGGUUGCAAACAUGUAUGGUACUUUAAGGUCUGAGCUCAAUCAGAUAUACUCAAAAAUCACAGAACUCGAGAUGGAAGUCAGUGAACACUCUCUGGUCAUUUCUGCAAUUGAGCCACUUGAUCCAUCAAGACGAUGCUACAGAAUGAUCGGGGGAGUGCUGGUGGAAAGAACUAUCAAAGAGGUCCUGCCCGCUGUUCAACGCAACAAAGAGGGACUUGAGGAGGUGAUUUCCAGACUCAACGAGGCAUUGGAGAAGAAAAAGAAGGAAAUUUCUGACUUGGAGGCCAAAUACAAGAUCAGGAUUAGAAAGCCUGAUGGUGAGGCUAAGGAGGAAGACAGUGGGCGUAAAGAGGGUGCAGCCCAAGGAGUCUUAGUAGGCCCUGCAAGUGAAAGUUAAAACUCCCAACCCCAUUGGUGCAUUUUAAUCAUAUUCUUGUAGUGCUUAACUUUAAUUUUCAUGCGGAUGAUUCACUGUUUUUAAGCGCGUUUGUGUGAAAUUUUGUUGAUAACUUUCAGUUCAAUAGGAUGAUUCCAGGACUUGUGUGGUAUAUAGAUGAUUUUGAGGGAGGAAAUAUUGAAUGGGAACCGACUUUUCAGCGUUUAGAUAUCGAAAAUUUCCCAUUAGUUUGAUCA